CGGUUCUGAACUGACGGCAGGAACCAAAAGAAGAAAAGAAAGGGCAUGGCGUUCUUAUAUUUCGGCUCCCGUCGUAUUGUUUGUCCCUCUGGUUUGGAGUGUGCUGUGACUAUGCCAGGCCUUUUGUCCACUCCUGUGUGUCUGACAGUCAUCUGGUUUUUAUCUUGGUCGCUGCGUCCCGGUCGUGCUCAGAUUCGGACCGAUGAAGUGUCAGGCGUGCAGUACGGGCACAUGCAGUCCAACGUGACACUGGCCUGCGGGAAGUCACAAAUCAGGUUGCCCGUGGCGUGGCAUCUCAACCACAGCUUGCCGCUGCCGCGGCACACAGUGACCCCCGAUGGCGCCCUGGUCCUGCUACAUGCCGACCACUCGGCGCAGGGCAACUACAGCUGCCACGACGACCGGGGGCUCCUCCUCCACUCCGUCAUACUCAGGCUGGGCCACAACCCCGGGCUGCUGAGCGUUUCCUGUCAGGUUCCCAACCACACGCAUGUCCGCUGCUCCUGGACGGAAUCGGUAAAGACCUUCCUGCCAGCCAAGUACAAUGCCUCCUUCAGGGGGAACGGUCAGGAGUGGAAGCCAUGCGUCCUGGAUCUGGCCCACAAACACUGUGACGUAGAUCAUCCCGCCUUCUGGCAGACCGUCCAUACCCUGAGAAUCACGGAGAGCAACGCCCUGGGGUCCCAGACGACGUCUGUCCGCUUUAGGUUACACGAGCUCUUGAAACCAGACCCUCCAGAGUCCCUGCUGGUGGAGGCCCUCGAGGGCCAUCCAAAGAGGCUGGUCGUCUCGUGGAACUUCCCUGCCUCCUGGCCGCUGCACGAUGCCUUCCCCCUCCUGUUUCAGAUCAGAUACAGGCCCCAGGGCUCCGUGUACUGGUCGGAGGUUUUCUCCGAGGACGGUCCCGUCGUGAUAUUUGACGCCCUGGCCGGUCACCUCCACCAAGUUCAGAUUCGAGCCCGCGACGAGGUGAACUCCGACACCCAGUGGAGCGAAUGGAGUCCCCUGUGUCUCGUCAGGCCGUGGGAAGUCUCCUCCACAUCUGAGCCAGAGGAGGAAAGAUUUCCAGACUAUUUUUUUCCCUUCAGCACAAAGCCUGAAAUCUCAACCGCAAAGUCACACAAUUCUGUACAUCCUGAGGAUGAAGGGAAUUUGGGUUUGGUGAUCCUGCUGGUUUUGUUCUCCGUGGUCAUCCUCACCACCAUCCUUUCCCUCAUCUUUGUUGUGUGGGUAAGACAGAGGCGGCGCGAUCAUGUGACCAAACAGGAACUCACCUCUAUGGUCAAGAUGAAGUCCAUGCCAAUCUAAUGUUGAUUUCAAGCAUCUUCUCCUCGGCCCGUUCUAGGGCUCCUCCCGAGAGUCGGCCUUUGCCUUGACCACUGCAGCAAGCUGACCGUCCGUGUUCAACUACAUUAACCAGAAUGCAUCUGCCAUGGUCCAACCAGGAUCCAGGACCGGGGUGAACCCGUGCGGGGAGCUUUGUGGAGUAGGGUAAAGCUCCCCAGUGUAAAAGCUGACUAGAGGGUAUGUUUUGCAAGACUUCUAAACGGUCUUAUUUAGCUGCGCUACCCAUAAUGCAUCAGCAGACUCUUUCUACUGUCCUCGGGGUCAGUAGGAAACCGACUGGUCAGUUUAGUUUUUUGUUUCACUUCAGCAAAGUCACUGUAGUUCAAACCUCAGCAGACAGUAGGAGCGACACUGCAUCAGGACAUUUGAGUUCACUCACAACCAACGCUGCUUCAGGUGGAUUGGCUCCUCCCCCUUUAUGUUUUUGUUGAGGAGCAACAUUUUUUGGAACUUUUAAGCAACAAGUAAGGAAUGAAGUGCAGCUGCCAAACAGGAGAACGUAUGCUCUUCUUUUUUUGUGUGGAAAAGGGAAGAUUUCUUUCUGGAGACACGCGGCUCCUCUCCUCUUCCCACCCAGAAGUCCUCACAAGCCGUUAUUUUGUCACAGAUUAAUAUGCGUCCGUUAUUACAACGACUGACCGACCGACUCAAUGCUGUGAAGGAAGCAUAGCUGCCAGUCUCUCUCCCUCCGUGUGUGUGUGUUUGUCUGCUUGUGUGUGUGUGUGUGUGUGAGCCAAAAUAGCAAUUUUGGGCAUUAAUGGUCUCAGCUGAGGGGGGGGGGGGUGGGGGUGGUGAGUGAACCCGCCACCCGCUCCUGAACCUUAAGGGGUUGGACAUAGAGGAGACGGUCCGGUGUGGGCGGAUCUGGGUUUGGUUCAAUUCCAUUUUUUAAAUUUUGGACAGCACAAAAUCACAAAUUACAAAUUUGCUUUACAAUCUGUCCACAAACAACAUCCCUGUCCCAGAGAACAGGAAGAACCCUUUCAUGGCGAAAAAACGGAAGAAACUUUCAGGAGAGCAACAGAGGAGGAUCUCUCUCCAGGAUGGACAGGAGCAAUAGAUGUCACGUUUACCGAAGGAAGCAUUACAGAGGUACAGCACAUUCAAUUAAUAUGACAGAAAUGUAUGAAUAAUUACUAGGCAUGGAACACGAUCCAGAUUUUCACAAUCCAUGAAACAGAAGGAGAAAGAAAAGAGAGGGGGGGGGGGCACGGCAGGAGGCCGGCCCACCAGGCAUGAGUCAUCUCUAAAGAGGCCGGACCAAUGAGGUUGGCUAGACUUUAUUUUCUUCACGACGAGUGAAUUCACGGAGCAUGUUCUGUGUUCUGCUGCUUUUCCUGUCUCGACGUCUUUAGUACGGAUCUUCUUCUUUUGUGUCUUUUGUGACACCUCUUUCCAUCCAUCAUCCAUCCAGACGCUGUUACUGAAUGUGUGUGAGUGAAAGACAUCAUGUGGGAGAGAGAGAAAGAGAAAGAGAGAGAGGGAGAUAUACGGGCCUUUCAUAAACCACCAGCGUUAUGACAUCACAGAGAUACUCAACUAGAACGGGAGAUGCUCAACAGUCCUGUCUCGACUCCAAACUACCCCUGCUCACUGCAUAGCAUGUGAAGCAUUACAGUUCACACACACACACACACACAACCUUUUAAAGAGUAAUUUAACACCAGGCAUGAAAAGCAGCGUUUUGCUGCCACCUGGGGUCGAAGGUUUUGUCUUUGUGUUUCUGUGUAUUUUUUAAAACUCUGCCCACACACUGAUGGGUGUCCUUGCAUGGCAUACGUGACACCGAUGGGUGUCACCGGGGGAAAGUUUCAGUUUCAGUUUCAGGUGUGUAAAAAUAUUCUUUAAAAUCGGGACGGCACUUUAUUAUUUGUGAUUUGCACAUAGUCUGGGGAGGGGGAGGGGGCGGGAGAACACAAUGUCAUUUCAAUGCACGUCCGUGUCCACAGUAGGACUACAGCUGGAUUAAACAAUUGGUAUCAAUAUCCAUUGUUCUGUGGGAUAUUUCUUUUAAUUUGUUCUUAAAUUAAAUGUUACUUUAGCUGCUAAAGUGUUACAUUUGAUCAGCUGUAAACUGGCAAAUAUUUAGCAAUUGAAUUGUAGAUGACAAUUCAAUCAUCAACAUCUUUGUUGAUCGACUGAUCUAUUCAUCAGGCAUUGAUACACCUUCCAAGUUCCCACACGCCUUUUUGAAUGGAUACGACUUCACAGUGUGUCGCGUGUUGGUCUGGGCUCAGUGCAGGAAUACAGCAGCAGGGCAAUAAGGGGCAUAUUUUAAGUAGAUACAAAAGCUUAUUAAAGGCCACCUUUAUUAACAGAAUAGAAAAACAAGGGUGUAGGAACGUAUGAUAACGAGCUGGAACAUUUCUGUGAUAAAACAUGUGUAAAGUCUAAAGACGGUGCUAAAGGAGGCGUGGCUUAGAUGGGAAUGGACAGAUUAGGAGGGCGACCCGACGUGGGUUCUGUUCACCUGGUGAGGGGGCGUUCACGGUCACCCUAUCAGCCGCCGUUUAAUCAGACACGGGAAAGGGUCGGUGGGCAAAUAUGAUGGGAACUUUUAGUAGCGUGUGUUCCUGAACGCCGCAUGAAACGACAGGAAACGGCGUGUCUGGUUUCCCCAGAGAAGCCCAGUGUCUGUAUCCGGAUCGGAGCGGUUUGGUGAGCCUGGUGGUUAUGGAAGGCCAAUCAACCUCUUGUUUGUCAGUUUCUCAAAACUAUGAUUCAUUUUCUCAGACAUCACGACGUACGUGUCACGUCACUUCGUCGUGAUUUAAAAACACAAUGACUUGCAGGAUUUUUUUCAAUCCACGAUAUUUUCAUUUGAUGGGGCUUCAAUGGGUGGACAUCUUGUCAUGUUCUCUUGAUCCAAACUGUCUCGUUAUCAUGUAAUUUGAUUGACUAAUUGGUUUAUUGAUUGAUUUAGUGAUUCACUGUGAUUUUGAUCAGAAACACAAGGUGCGUCGAAGUCACACUUUAUUCCAGCUGUAUGUUUACUCGAGCUAGCUCCACAUAUUAUGCAUGGAUCCAGUUGAAGCUUUUUAUAUAUAUAUAUAUUAUUCUAUGUUAUGUUUGAAAAAAACAAAAUACAUUUCAUGUAUGUAAUCAUACGAUGUUUUAUAUGUACAAAAAGAAAGAGAAAAAAAAGUCAAACAUAAGUGAAAGUUUCCCAGACAUGAUUUAACUCAGUCUUCAGUGUUCAUAAAUGUUGCCGUUCAUGAUAUAAUAUACAAUUAGAUUGUGAAACGCAUUAGACAAAAUAUGAAUUCUAUUUCAUUGGAAAAUAUUCCUAAGUAAAAAUAUAUAUAUUUUUUACAACAAAUCGAAUCAGAAGAAAAUGGCAAUAAACACUCAAAUCUUUUAAAGGUUUUUGUUGUAAAUGCCUAAAAGUGAAUGAAGGGAACAGAACAAUAAUAUUAUGAGUGACUGAGGAUGACCCCGUCUGAGAACCUUUCCACCUUUGUGUAUUUGUGUCUGUCCCCAGUUAUAUGAAGCUGUGUUACUGUAUGAUUACUGGAUGUGUUUUAUAUGUCUUCUUCCCACCUGCUUUACUUCAAUGUUCCCUUGUUCAACAUGUUCAACUUAUGUUUCACAGAAAGCUCACCUUUCACUUUUUGUAAGAACAAUUACAAAUCUUCAUCAUGGAUUGCCAUCUUUAUAUCUCGCACUCGUGGUGUUUUCUAUAUUUUUGUGGAUCAUUUUGUGGUAUUCUAAGUUUUUCCAUGUUCCUCUGCCGUAUGCGAUGGCUUUAUAUAUAGAUAUAGAUAUAUAUAUUUUAAAUAUACAUUUAUAUAUAUACACAUUUAUAUAUGCAUUUAUAUAUAUAUAUGCAUUUAUAUCUAUGCAUAUAUAUAUAUCCAUUUAUAUAUAUAUAUGUAUUUAUAUAUAUAUAAUAUAUAUAACUGUGUUCAACAAAUAUCACUAUAAGCUGUUUUUUUCCGAUUCCGUUUCCUUGUAUGUGUCUGUGAAAUAAAUACUAUUUUAUCACA